AAAUUGUCUUGAUUUUACACACGAGCCAAAUCUUUUGCCUGUAAAUAAUACCUAAGACAAUAUACAAAAAAAAAUGGCGUACUAUCUUGAUUUUCAUGCUGAUAUGACAAUGCCUAUAUAUCACUUUUUUUUUUCAGUAAUGUUAAUAUCUUGCUGUAAGAGUGUGGAGCUUCCUUUGCAAACAUGUACAAUCUUACAAAAACCAUGUUCUGCGGCUUUAAAGCUCCUCCCCCCUUUUUUUUCAUGAUUGCUGAAAUAGAAAAACUGAGUGAAAAUGGUAAUGACCCAAAAAAAAAUCAAUAUGAACACCUCUGUCAGGGUUUAAAUUCCAAGCUUCUUCGUGCAUGUCGUCCUAAUAUGAUCAUCGAUCCAAUUCUUUGACUGCC